UGAUUGUCGGCACUUUUAUGACUCAGAGUCGGCUUUUUCCGCGUUUCACGCCUCCCCGUUAUUCCAUUCUAAAUUCAUUGUGAGCCUAGCUCGUUCAUUUCGUAGAAUUUUUAUAACCUCUCCGGCGAACGGCGAUAACGCGUCGCGAACUCCCAUUAAUGAUAAAAACUUCUCUUUAUCACGUCUCUCGUUGACUCCUCAAUUUUCUUUUAUGUUUUCCUUCCAUCCAUAUUUUCUGCCACGCUCACAAUUCAUUGAAACCAAAAACAAAGAGGUCUGAAAAUAGAAUAUACUUUAUCGCUGGGUAUGAUGCGAGUUUAAAAAAAAAAAAGAAAAAACAUUCAAGCAUAGCUUCCUAUCUCUCCAUUUUACUUAAUUUUUUUUCCUAUUUCCAGUGUGCGUUGGCUUUAUCGAAACUGUCGUAAAACCACCUUAUUUGUCCCACUGUAUUUAUCGCCUCUUCAGUCCCGGACACGGCACUGGGACUCGUUAUCUUUAGCAUUGCACAUGUUUAUCGGUUUCCUCCUCCAGGAUGCAAACCGAUAGGACCUUGAGUUUACGUUUAACAGUCCUUAAAAUUCCCCAUAUCCAUCUUUUUCUAGAAUUACCUCAUCCGAGUGUGUUCAAAUAAAACUAUACCACUUUUUCAAGUAAUCGUGUAAGAUCAUGCAGAUACUCGACCACCUUUAGACGAACCAAUGAGACCCAGGCCAUGGAAAGUUAUCUAAGAAAUCAAGCGUCUGUCCAAACAUCCCACUUCCGAUCUGUCCUCGAUAUCUUUCAUUAUUCAAAGCACAUGAUCUUGCAUAACGUGGACUGCAUAUCUCCAAAUAACGUAACGACGGGCCACAGGAGUUAUCCAUCGAGCUUAGACAGAUCCAACAUGCUCGGACAGCAAAAACGCCACACUUUCCAGCUCUCCGCCCCAAAAACCAGCAAAGAGAAUUCACACGACCAUCCUCCUCGCCCAAUCAAGCGCAUACCAUUUUCAAGACCAUGGGACCCUUCCGCCAUCCCUUCACUUAAAUGCAUCAAGGGCUUAACGGGCUUUGGUGGGGACGAUAUCCCCCUUCCUGAGAUUUAACUCCUCCGAAGCCCCAACGGAGGAAGGAAGAACGUUCUCUAGAGCUCCUGGUUCCACGCAACCCCUGGAAAUGAAGAUUUAAAUUAGAAGUUAAAUAUCAUCCGAGCCAGGAUCUAUCCUUUGGCUGAUUUUACAUUCAGAGGUCCUCGCAUGCAAAUUAGGGGACUCGUAGAACAGCGAAAAGACAGGAAUUUAAAAAACGAAGAGUUCCAAAGGAAGAUCCUCGCUCUGUCGAUCGAUGCCCUCGCCGGCGUAGGUAAAUAUCCCGCUGGCGUGAAUUGUUUGUGUGGAGCGAAGCCGUCGUGUAAAUGCUUUCUGUGUGGAAAAGCAAUGGCGUGGAUACUUUGUGUGAGGUGACGGUGGGCAGUGUGCGUAUGCGGUGUGUCGUACAUACAUAAGGUAAAAGGUGGCUCGCCAGCUACAGUCGAACGCGCUCGCUCACUGUAGGACCGUUUUACGGUAUCGUCCCACUCAUUACCGCUGGCUCUUUCAGCCUUUCAGAAGUUCAUUCCUCCGCGCUCCCUUUCGGACAGUGUCCCGGGGCCUCUUGCGUCGUCGCGUUUCACGGACGCGAACCCGAAGCGGUUCAACGUUUCCCGCCGUACAUUGUAUUACACGUUACAUGAUGUAAUAUACGGUCUCAUGCUUUACGAAGUGGUUAAAUUAUUAAAUUUCGCAGACCGCAAAUCGGUUAAAUAAAUUAUUUUUCUUUUACAAAAUAUAAAUACUUUCGUACUCCUGCAGUGAUCACGUGCUACACUUGGAUAUUUUGCAAGCGCUAAAAUUAUCGAACUUCGCAGAAAACGAAGUGGUUGAAGGAAAUUAUUUUUCUUUUAUAAAAUAUAAGUAUCGCGUGCGGUGCGUAAAUUAUAUAAGCGAAGACAUUAUUUUUCUUUUAUAAAAUAUUAAUAUUGCGGGCGGUGCGUAAAUUAUAUAAGCGAAGACAUUAUUUUUCUUUUAUAAAAUAUAAAUAUCGCGUGCGGUGCGUAAAUUAUAUAAGCGAAGAAAUUAUUUUUCUUUUAUAAAAUAUUAAUAUUGCGGGCGGUGCGUAAAUUAUAUAAGCGAAGACAUUAUUUUUCUUUUAUAAAAUAUUAAUAUUGCGUGCGGUGCGUAAAUGUACGAUGGAUCGGUGGAUCGUUUUCUGAUGGAUUCGACCCAGAAGAGGAGUAAAUGAGGAGGAGGCUGGAAGAUGAAGGGAUUGUCCGAUCAUUGCAUUUUGGACAUGAUCGACCUCGAGCAACGCGAAUGGUUGCUAGAUGACGAGUGCCCUUUGCCUCCCGAUGACUUCCUCGAAGCGUUGAGUUCGGAGUUGGAGAUCCCUCUUCUCCUGGGUGGAGAAGGCUCCCCAGGGUACGAUGAGAGUCCCGAUGAGAUCAUCAAAGGUGCCACCUUGGAACAGGUCUUGCCCUGCCUGGAGGACCAUGGGCUGAACCUGAAGAUACACGCCGUGGACGAGUUUGUUAAUACCUCGAGAGCUGACUUUAGAAUAAAAGCCGAGGUCAACGAUGACAUCAAACUCGAGCCUAGGACCCCUAGGUCCCAACUACCACCUUCUCCGAGUCCUAGCCAUUCGGACUCCAGCAACUCGGAAUGGCAAAGCGAAGUCACCGUCGCCUCUCCGGGUGAUGCAAAGUUCACCUUGGAGACUCCGCCGAUAUCUCCACCUCGGAACGUCUCGCCGUCGACGUCCCCGCAGACGGUGGGCAGUCCGUCUAUCUUCCAGCAGCUCAAGUUAAUCCCCAGCAACCCCGAGGAGAGGCCCCCGAAGUUCCUGGUGACCAAGGGGAAUGCUGCCAAGCGCAUCUGCAUCCAGCCGAACGUCUACAAGCCUCGGAACGCCUCGCCGUCGACGUCCCCGCAAACGGUGAACAGUUCCUCCACCUUCCAGCAGCUCAAAUUGAUCACCAGCAACCCCGAAGAGAGGCCCCCGAAGUUCCUGGUCACCAAGGAGAACGCAACCAAGUGCAUCUGCAUCCAGCCAAGCGUCGAUAAGCCGGCUGCACGUAACGAAGAUCAGUCCAGGAAGACGAUCGUCCUCAGCGCCCAGGACUUCGCGGCGCUCACGCAGAAGGUGAAGAGCGGCUCCUCGCAGCCGGUGAAGCUGCAGACCGUUUCGGUGAACAGGCCGAUCAAAGUGCAAAGCCCCAGGCAGGGUCAGGGUCCUCGGAAUCUAAACACCGAGGCUGAAGCCAUCCAGUUCCCCGGGCAGAACGUCAAGAUCCUGAACGCCAUCUCGGAUGUUCGGAUACACGCCACGGAUUCGGUGGUGAACGUCUCCGGGUCACCGAUCGUUAUCAAGAAGGAGAGCCCCUUGGUGAUAAAGAACGAGACGACGGACCUGAUUAACUUGGUGGGCAGGCAGGAGAGCGAGAUCAAGGCCCUGAAGAGACAGCAGAGGAUGAUCAAGAACAGGGAGUCGGCCUGCCUCUCGAGGAAGAAGAAGAAGGAGUACGUCACCUCCCUCGAGAAGCAGAUCUCCGACCUGCAGGAGGAGAACCGGCAGCUGAGAGUGGAAAACAGCGCACUGAAGCAGAGGCUAUCCGCCGUCGAGGAGACGACCAGCUCCACCCGGAAAUUGGCCAGUCUCAACCUGGGCGCGAACCGGAAGAACACCGCUAUUCUCCUGGCGAUGGUGUUCAUGGUUUCCCUCAACGUGAAUAAUUUAGGGAUCAACUUCUCGCAGACCAGGUCGGAGCUGUCGACGAUUCCGCCGAGUGUGGUGACCUCGCCGAACGUUAGACACGGGAGGAGUCUUCUUUGGACCGGGCCAGACCCUGAAAAUGGGGUCGACGAGGGGUUCAACAAGACGGCCAGUUCGCAUCCCAUGUGUCCGAUGUACAUUAACCAAACGGAGUCGAUUCGUCUGGACUCUGAGCUUCGUCGGUGGAUCGGCGGCGACUCCGACCGCGACAACUGGACGAAACCGAGAAAGACCGAGUUGGCGGUCAAGUCGCUGGGCGAGCUCCUCCUUCCGAAGCCUUCUCCUGCCCCCAGGAAGUACCCCGACAAGUUGAAGCUACUCCAGAGGAAGGCCGCCGAGGGCGCGGCCAAAGUCAACGGUGUCGCCCCGGCCAAUACGAACGCCGUCGAGGUCUUUUCGCCCAUCCUGAGGGAACACGCGACCUUGUUCGAGGCCCUGGGCAGGCGCGACGACACCUUCUACGUGGUCUGGUUCAGCGGGGAACACCUGCUUCUUCCGGCUUCCAGACAGAACAACACUGUCAGGCCCAGGAUGUCCCUCGUGCUUCCGGCUGUGCCCGUCAAUGGGACCUUUUCGACGCCGCCACAGCACGUGACGAUGAUGCAGAUCGACUGCGAGGUGACCAACACCCAGCUCCUGCACCUCCAGGAGUCGGUGAUACCGAAACACCUGCGAACCGGACAUCGCUCUGGGAAAGACACCUCGAAGACCGACGAGAACGUCUCCCAGGCUGCCGCGAACGUCACUAAGGGAUACAAACCGUAUUUCAUAAAGGAGAACGAGACCGAGACCUUCGAGAACAAGAGUCUGAAGGAUCCGUACACCCUGAAGAACCAGGACUCCUUCCACAAGGCGUCGACGUACAUGCUAGACGGGAAUGUAAAGUACGACCCUUACGAGGUGAAGAGCAAACAUUUCGAGGCCAACGUCGAGACCCUGAAGAGCGGGUACGCCCAGGAUGGCAAGAGGUCGAGGAGGAAAAGGCGCACGGUGAAUUUCUAAAUCUUACGCAUAAUCUCUGCACGCACUCGUUAAGGAGAUGCGAAAGUAGCGUUUGAAAGAUCUGUUUAUGAAACUUGUGUUCGAAUUGGGGGCGCCGUGGAAUUUUACCCCAUGAAUGUGGAUGGCCCUCGGAAGGUGACAUCGAUGAAAUUUCAUGAUUUAUUAGAAAUUAAAAAAAUGUUUAUAAACAAAUUGAAGAAAGGAAUUAAUUUGAGUGGUGUCGAGACCUUCCUCAGGGCCUCCGUACUCGUGGAGAAGAAUUUUAGACGAUUUGGUGCACCCUAUUCGGAGAGGAUUUAUAAAGACCUCACGGAUGCCACUUUUAUGUCGCCUUAAGACUAUACUUUAGGCUUACCGCGGGAGAACCAAGGUCGUUGUUACUUUUAACAUGGCGUGACAGUCCCAUAGGGAACCGGGGGAUAGCCAGUUUGGCCUAUCUGUUGAAAUGACUGAAAACUAGAUGAAAGUUGCGAAGACGUCUCGUAUUUGUGAGUACGGAGCUGUGGUAUUUACGUACACUGAGAGAAAGUAGUUGUGACGUGGACACCAGUCCCUGAAAGGGGUAGAAUAUACAGCUACGGAAAGGAAAAACUAACCUUACAAAUCGUUACUGUACAAUGGUCAUAAUUAAUACUAUUUUUUCUCAGUGUAUACUGAGAAUGUCGACGUAGAUGUUCAAAUGUUUAUCAUAUACAUAGAUAUGUUAAUGGCCGAUCUCACCCUUCCGGUUUAGAAAAGCUUACGAGGGUUAGUCAUCGAUCGGUCGAAUCAGCUGUUCAUAUUUCUUAACCAAUUUUGGUUCGUUUUUUGAACCACCUCGGUGAGAUCACCAACAAAGUGCACAUUAGAUGUAACUAAGGUAUCGUAUUUACUAGAGAUUUAUUACGAUAUUUACAUACACGGUUAAUUUAGAAGAUUGAUAUUUUAGAUUAGGCAACGACGUUGCGGUGAAUUUGUGCAUAAAUAUCGAGUAAUGGUGCGUAGCGAAUUAACAGUGUCCUUUGGUACUUCAGUAUUUCACGGGAACGGGACGAUGUGUGCAGCAAAAUCAUGGUGGCACUGUGUUCGGUGCAAGCUGCAAUCGUGCUGCCGUUACUUUCUUUGUUCGUAGCCAGAUAUCUAAAGAUAACUGAUGGUGGAUAUGUGUCUAUCCAUAAAUUGUGCAAUGCAACGCGUUAAUGUAACGAGUAAAGUUUAUAUAGAAAUCGAGAAGUACGGCGGGCACGAAUUUUCACUUUUGUCAUGUUUUACAGUGACGAAACUGAUCGACUUCUUAUCAUUGCCAAUGAAGCGUUGGUAGUUAAAGAAAAAUAAAGUACUUGAGACUAUGAA